AAGGUUCUGAGCCCAGAUGAUUUCACAAAAGGAAGAACUGCCAAGCAGGAGGAAGGGGGCAACUUAGAUCACACUUACCCUGCACAGUGUCAAGAAAGACUAGACUACCCAAACCAGAAGAUUUUUUGGGCGCAAUUUACAUUAUAGGCAACCUGAUUGCUCCCAACUCCUAGAGACUCACUAUAACAAAGGUGAACUUUGGAUGUCCGCACUCAUCAGCAUAGUCCACCGCAACUCAGAAUUUUAGAGUUAAUGAGAUCUCACCAGCCUCCGCCUCUUCAGCAGCUAAGAUUACAGUAAAACCAGCUUAAGCCAACCUGGCUGGGUAUCUGCUGCCCAUGCUCUUCUUAAACAUGACUCUUGCUGAUGAAACCGGAUGGGAGCAUUUUCUCCACUUAUUACAGGCCUGUUUGUAGUGACUUUAUUUUUAUUGCCAGUCACACAGGGCCUUCACAUGGGAAGAGGGAAGUUAUGUUUAAAGGAAAACAGUGACAGAGAAGUUCUUAUGACCUGCAAAAAGACGAUUUGAGUCAGAGCAGAGGAACCAAGAUCCCGGAGGUGUUGGGCCGGCCCUUUUGUUUAACUCCCAGAGAAACUGGGAGGGGCAACAUGUGGAUAGUGGAUGACAGCCUCCAGACAAACAGCACUCCGGCAUUUAAAUCCCUGCAGUUAGAAUCAGCCCAAGAACCUAAAGCAUAAUCUGGAGCAAAAAAAGAAACCAUGGAACCAUUUUCAGAUGAGGCCGUGAAACAAUAUGUUUCGGAUAAGGUGGAACCCAGAAAACGUCUACUCUCCAAACUUGUGGAAGAAGUGCAGGAGAUCGUCCAUCAGUUAACCCAAGAAAUUAGCUACAGAGAUAUCAGAUUCCAAGCUGUUCCUAGAUCACUCUAUCACAAUGAGAACAUAAGGAUUUUGGCACCCACCCAGUUUGUCAUCACAGUCCCAAUUAAAGGAUUGCUUGGGUAUAAAAAGAGCCAGACUCGACAUUGGCGGUAUUAUUCUGUGAGUGGAUCUAAGCUCUUCUCUCCAAUUCGAGAUCCUGAAGAAAUGUACCAAUGGCUGGAGAUAGAUCAGUUUUUGAAGACUCUGAGACAGUGGCAUGAAACAGAUGUAACUAUGGAAGGAGACAUCAUUCCAGCUAAGGUUGCUGAAGUGUUCCUGAAACAUGUAGAAGAAUCAGUUAAAACCUGCAAUCUCUCUAAUGAAGUCAAAGUAAUAGAAGGUGUUGGCCCCAUUGUACGAUUGGCUGUGGAGACAUCAGAAUUUCAGGUGGAGGUAGAGCUGAUUCCAGUGGUGGAGAUCCUCAACCGGUGGUGUGAGAAAGCUCGGUGGCCCCGAUGUUUCUCUCGCUGGCCCUCUCGGGAGAAAGUUCAGUGUGUUAAGUCAUUUGGGUUUAACCUGAUGGCUCGCUCCAGUUACCAUUGGCAAUUGGGUUUUGAACGAGCUGAAUAUGUGCUGAUGGAGGGGAUAGACGAAGAUGGCGGCUGCCGAAAGAUGUGUUACCAAGUCUUGAGACAAAUGAAAGAGGAUGUUUGGUGUCCUGGCAACAAACCUGUCGUCACAGCCCACCAUCUUCAGACUAUACUGUUUUGGACUUGUGAAAAGUAUCCACGUAGCAAAGAUUGGCGUGUCUUCAAAAAAAGCUUCAUGCGCCUGGUCCGUAAGCUGUACAAGUGUGUGAACCAGCACUACCUGAAACACUUUUUCAUCAAAGGAACCAACAUGUUUCAGUAUGCCAGCAUAAAUGACUUGGAUUAUGUGGCCCAAAAGCUUGGUCUUUACCUAAAGAACCCAGGGCUCCAAGACUGAGCACCAGAAAUCAUCUCCAAUGUUUCCAGAGGCAGUCCCCCUUGAUCUUGCCUGACUUCUUUGAUGACCACCAUGUUAUGGAAGUUGGGACUCUGAACACCUGCCAUGGUUGUGACAGGACAGAGGAAACAUGAACCAAGAGCAUUUCAAUCAAUAUCCCAUCCAUACCCUAUGUGGUUUGGUUUAAAUAUUUCAUUUCUAAACUACCUCACUUGGGAGCUGAGCCCUGUCCAAGCUACAGAUUGUGAACCAUUGAUAGUUCUAUGUUUAUUUGCCUCU